UGAUUGUAUUGCUUAAGGAACCACUGUAUAGUGGCCUUUUGUGUAGGUUUCGGAUGGUGAGAUCGAUGCUAGGUUCGGAGGGCUUUUCGCUGUUCGAGAGUCAUAGAAUAGAGCUUUUUCGAAGGCAUUUUGAAGGUAUUCUAAAAGUAGUCUAGUAAUUAGUUUAAGUCCAUAAUCGGAAAAGGGACUUAAUAUUGUGUGUAUUGUGAUUUGUAUGACGAAUGGAAGGAUCCCAAGAAAGUUAUCGAGUUAUCUAGAAAACCGACUAAUCGUGUAUCGACUUAACGAGAUAAUACUGUAUGACAGCUGCGGAGACGUUACACGUAGUCUUGUGUACCAUAGUGCACUAUUGUUUUGAAAGUGGACCUUGAUGGCAACUUGGCAUCAAAGGAUGCCAAAACACAAUACUUGGGAGAUACCUGUGAGAACGAAACCGACGCCAUGCUACAAAACGGUACCGAGAUGGCAUCAAAUGACACUAACGGCGAUGCACCUUCGCAAAUCGCCGUCCCCUCCUGGAUCAACGGCAUCGAGGAGACCGGCCCCUCAACCUUCGACGUAAUAAGCCCCUACACCAACACCACCUUCUGGACCAGCACCUCCGCCACCCCCUCCGACGCCCUGCGCGCCGUCGACGCCGCAUCUGCCGCCUUCCCCGCCUGGUCAGCGACUAAGCCCACCGCGCGGCGCGACAUCCUCCUCCGCGCAGCCGACCUCCUCGAGGAGCGCACCGAGGCCAAUGCCGAAAUCAUGCGGACGGAGAUGGGUGCCGACGUGGGCGCCUCGCAGUUCUUCGUCGUGCCCCUCGCUAUCAAGAUGCUCCGCGACGUCGCAGGUCGCAUUACCUCCGUCUGCGGCAGCGUGCCCACUGUGGAAGAGGAGGGCCAGAGCGCCAUCGGUAUAAGGAGCCCAUGGGUGUCAUCCUCGGGAUAGUUCCUUGGUUAGUUAGAUCCCCGCUUCCUUUCCCGCGUUUGACGCCCCCCAACACCGCUGCUCGCUAUCGAUCCUAUGCUUUCCCCCCCGUCUCCAGGAACGCGCCCUACGUCUUUGGCAUCCGCUCCGCCGCCACCGCCCUCGCCGGCGGUAACACCACAGUGCUGAAAUCGUCCCACCUCUCCCCGCGCUGCUACUGGGCCAUUGGAUGCGC